AUGACAAUCACAAAAAUACCUAUUUGGCUAGAUUGUGAUCCUGGUCAUGACGACGCUAUCGCUAUCUUAAUCUCAACCUUCCAUCCUGCCUUUGAUCUAAGAGGUAUAAGCACAUGUUACGGGAAUUCAAGCCCCAAGAAUACAAAUUACAACGCAAGAUCUCUAUUAACCGCUAUGGGUAUGAGUCGUUCUAUCCCCGUUUAUAAAGGCGCAAAGAGGCCUUGGGUGAGACACACACAUUAUGCAGAGGAUAUACACGGUGUGACAGGAUUGGAUGGCACGUCAUUGCUACCAACUCCGUCAUUUAAAUGUAAGAAAGAUAUAACCUACUUGGACGCAGUAGAAAAGGAAAUUUUGAAGUUUGAUGGUGAGUUAACUUUUGUAUCUACUGGUGCCAUGACAUCCAUUGCAACGCUAAUGAAAUCUAAGCCUUAUCUGAAGGAAAAGAUUAAAUUUAUAAGUAUUAUGGGUGGUGGGAUAGGGAUAGGUAAUAAAAACAUUAAUUUAAGUGCAGAAUUUAAUAUCUGGGUAGACCCACAGGCAGCUCAGUUUGUCUUGAAGGAUCCAAUUUUGAAGGAUAAAUGUAUCCUCUCACCUUUAAAUUUGACACAUAAAGCUAUAGCAAAUGAAAUAAUAUUCCAAAGAAUCUUAGCAGACGGUCAUUCUAAGUUAAGAAGGUUAUAUUUCGAAUUGUUCGAAUUCUUUUACCACACUUAUAAGGAUAUUCAAGGUUUUUCAUCGGGACCUCCCGUACAUGAUCCGAUGACUCUUUACCCCAUACUUGAAUUUUAUGAAAUUGAAUCACAGGAUAUAGUCAAUUUCCAAUACAAGAGAAUGGAUUUAGAAGUAAUUACCGAUCUUAAGGAUCCAGACGUAGGGAAGAUAUACCCGAUAGUUCAAUAUGACGAAACGCUACAGCAUGGGCUCAACAUAAGUGGUAUCGGAACGAUAGUCGGAUUUGAUAUCAAUAUUGACUAUUUUUGGGAUCAAGUAUUAGAGUCAUUGGAACUUGCAGCCAAACACUCAACAAUCGAUUAA